UCCACUCUGCUUUGCUCAUAAGUAAUCCCUGACACCAUCAGACACAACCUUCAAUAUUGAACAAUGACUCUUCAUUUUACCAUUGGUUGCUGGAUUCUGUUGUUUCUUACACCAGGAUAUACUCCUGUUUUUACAAAAGAUAAAGUCAACAAAGUACUGCGAGGAAUGGAUGCCACGUUACGUUGCAGAUCAAAGACAAGUUUUCCUCCGAAGUGGGAAUGGGUCACCAAGCAGACAUCAAGUAACAUCAAGACAUUAGUGGUGAACAACACUGCAGAUCUGCUGGUGGAAAACUUCCAGGAGAUGAAUGAAGGCAAUUACAGCUGUAUCAAUGGAACAGCAAAAAACAAAUCUGCAGUGAAACUGGAAAUACAGCUGAGUCUAAAGAAUAGCACGCCUGUGUACAGAAUCAGCAGGACCGGCUCGUUGCAUCUCUUUUGUGAACCUCCAACACCAACAAGGCUUGAGGGCUUUUGGAGCUGGAGACAGACUGGGUCUGAAGAAGACUGCAAACGGCCUGGUUCAGGACAGCCUGGGUCUAAAGGAGACUGCAAACGGUCUGGCUCAGGACAGACUGGGUCUGAAGAAGACUGCAAACGGUCUGGCUUAGACCUGGAGCACUUUGGAAAUCGAUCUGAAGUAAAGAGUGGGUCCGGCAACAAAUUUUCACUGCGCAUCUCCCCUCUGCUCUGGAAUGACUCUGGACAAUACCGAUGCACUCUUUGUAAUGGAAACAAACUUCACAAGCAAUGCACUUAUGAAAUAAUUACAGUGAAAGUGUACUCCGAGCCCAUGGAGCUGACUGAGGGAGAGGACGGCUCCUUGGUCUGCGCCGUUUCACAUGUGACGGAGUCCACCAGACUGCUGUGGAUCGACACGCGGAGUCAACAGAUGUUCUCCGGCCCCGAGGCACAGAAGCACACGGGCGAGUUCCGGCUCGCAGUGAGGAACGUCACGCUGGCGCAGAACGCUUGGAAGUGCGCUGUGUUCCACAAGGACCGGCUCCGAGCGCUGGUCCCGUUCACACUGACUGUGAAGAGCCGAGCCACACGGCCCCCCGGGCCCCCUGCUGGAGGUGAGGGAGCGAGAGUCACAGACAGACCGGGCCAGGACCCUACUGCAGCUGCACGAAAUCCCUCCGGAAACCAUCCAAUUUAUCUGUCACUGGUCUGUCUCUCUGGUCUUCUCGUAUGCGUGGGAACAGCUUUCAUAAUCCACUGCUGUCGGAGACGCCAAGACCCAAUCCAACUGCCCCCUCCCACACUUCUCCCCACCCAACCCUCCGCCAAAGGUGAUGAACAGACGCCAGAUGACGACGGUGCUGUUCAUUAUGCUGCAGUGCAUUUUAAAAUGAAAAAAGGUAAAGCUGACUCCAGUACACCAGCCACACUUGCUACUGACAAUCUGACUCCUGAAGAGGACUCGGUGAUAUAUGCAGAUGUGGUCCUGGCAACCGGAAUUAGAAGAUGAUUCAUUCAUUUUAAUUUUACUACAGACGUAAUUUGUUCAAGUCUUUUUUUUAGGUUCUGACAAAACAUAUAUCUGCAUAUGAGAAGUCUUUGGGGGAUUUCCUUUACAGAUUCAUGGAAAGAAAAUGUAGUUGUUGGAAAUGCGAACUUCUGUUAAAAUUUGGAAUGGGGAAGUGGUUAUAUAUUUAGUUUUAGCUACAGUGGAAAAAAUGAAAUAAAAAGGAACUCAAAUUCACUUUGGAGUAGCACCAAUAAUACUAGUUUUUCAGUGAAGGAUACAAAUGGUUAAUUUUCGCUUGCUGAAUGCAGGACAUGCAUUGCUGAUGCUCUUUUUAUAAUGGGUCAUUUAAUUGCUUAAUUACUAUUCUUUGAAAGUCUUUUUCAUCUAUUGUCUAUUUAAUAUUUUUUUUGUUUAAAGAAAUCAAAAUGCACAUGUUUUGUGAAUUCUUUAUGCAUUCCUCAAAACCUUAAAAAAAAUUUUUUUUUUAAAUACAAUUAAGCUGAUUUUGAAUGUCACGCACAGUGUUAAGUUCUUUGGGAAAGAAUAGAAAAUGUGAUAUUACCACUGGUGCAAGCGGGAUAAUGGCGCCCCCUCUUGUCAUUAUAAUAAAUUACUUCUAUGAUUAUAAAAAUCUGGAAUUUUGAGCGGAAACAUGAAGAGAUUUCAAAGGUAAAGGGAUGUACACAAGUAAACUGAAGCAAACACUUUUUAUGGCAUGUGCUGUAUAAUUUAUUACAAAUAUAUGGCCACAAGCAAGAUUAACAUUAACAUU